AUGUGUGAUGCAAGUGGGGUGCCGCUCAGAGUAGUAUUAGGACUAAGGCAAGAGAAAAUUCUUCAUCCGAUUUACUAUGCCAGCAAAGCUCUUAAUGUGCCUCAAAAGAACUAUACUAUGACUGAACAGGAACUGCUUGUUGUGACUUUGCUAACUAUUUGGCAAGUGAUUUUGAUGUCAUCGGAUAUAUCAUUCCACCAAAGGAAUAUAUUUAUGUUUGAUGUGAAGAAAUUCUUUUGGGAAGAGCCUUUCUUGUUUCGUGUUUGUGCUGAUGGGAUUAUUCGUGACUGUGUGCCCGAGCUUGAGAUGAUGAGUAUACUAGAGACGUGUCAUUCGUCGCCUGUUGGUGGGCACCAAAGUGUUGACUAUGUGUCGAAAUUGGUGGAAGCAGUCACGCUUUCAAACAAUGAGGGAAAGAGUGUCCCCGCGUUCCUGAAAAAGAAUAUCUUCUCCCAAUUUGGUACACCAAGGGCAAUAAUAAAUGAUGGAGGUUCCCCCUUUUGUAAUAAGUUGUUCAAGGCGCUGCUUGAGAAGCGUGGUGUUUGUCAUAGCGUAGCAAACCUUUAUCAUCCGCAGUCAAGUGCGCAAGUUGAAGUGUCAAAUCGCGAGAUAAAGCAAAUCCUUGCAAAGACCGUGAAUGCUAACACAAUUGAUUGA